GAGACCAAAACAUAAAACAAGAAGAAAGAAGAAGAAGAAGAAGAGACUAAUAAUGGGGGAGAAAGCCAAGAGCUUGGCGUUGGUCGGAGCCGGAGCUCUUCUGGGCUCUGUUUCUACCAUUUUUCUUCUCAAGCUUCUUUCAAGAAAGAUGGCCAUCCAACGCGCUGUUGAGUUGAAUUGUAAAGACCUUCCUGUGACGAAUACAAAAUGCCAUGAAGUUGGUGAGGGUCGAAAGUAUGGGAUGGCAGGUGUUGACCUGCUAAGCGAUGAGAUUGUCUCCGAACAAUUAACCAGGAAUAUCCAGUUUUUUGGGAUUGAGUCUCAAAAGAAGGUGACUGGGUCUUACGUCGUGGUCAUUGGCCUUGGAGGCGUGGGAAGUCAUGCAGCCUCUAUGCUUUUGCGAUCAGGUGUUGGCAGACUUCUCCUUGUGGAUUUUGACCAGGUGUCUCUUUCGUCACUAAACCGGCAUGCUGUUGCAACGAGAUCAGAUGUUGGUAUUCCGAAAGCCCAGUGCCUUAAAGAGCAUUUCAUGUCAAUUUUCCCAGAGUGCCAUAUAGAAGCUAAAGUUCUAUUAUAUGAUGCAUCCUCUGAAGACGAAGUUCUUUCCGGUCAGCCGGAUUUUGUUUUGGAUUGCAUCGAUAACAUCGAUACAAAGGUCGCACUUCUUGCAGCAUGUGUGCGUAGAGGUUUGAAGGUUUUAUCAGCAACUGGAGCUGGCGCCAGAGCUGAUCCAACAAGAAUACGUGUUGCUGAUUUAAGGGAAUCAACAAACGACCCGCUAUCUCGAGCUGUAAGACACCGGUUGAGGAGAGAUUAUGGGAUUGAAGGUGGCAUACCUGUUGUGUUUUCUCUAGAGAAACCAAAGGCAAAGCUUCUUCCGUUCAAGGGACCAAGUGGAGAAGAAGAAAAUCCUUCAGAUUAUCAGAUAGUACCGGGUUUUAGGGUUCGGAUCAUACCUGUCCUAGGGACAAUCCCAGCAAUUUUUGGACAGGUUAUGGCAUCCUACGUUGUGUCACAGUUGGCAGAAUUGCAAGUUCGGACAGAACCUGUGGUAAAUUUAGAUUUGGAUCAUUAUCAGAUUCUGCAUCAACGCCUUGUUGAGCAUGAAGAGUCAAUAUACGGCACGGCCAUGCAAGUCCAGGUGGACGUUGAUGAAGUGAUGUAUAUUGCAAAAGAGUUGUGGCAUGGACGGAGUGCGAAAGAGGCAUCUGCAAAAGAUGUUGGACGUGGAAUGUGGCGUUCCGUUAAUGAGUUGAUGCUUGUGAGGUGGAAUAAGGAAAAACCAGCAUCUGUCUCCAACUUGGUUCUUUUAAAAUUUAAAGAGGCGAACGAACACGAAUCAAGGACACUUGAUGAUAUCAAGGAAAAAGAACCAGAGUUUUUUGAUAGAGUGACGGCCAUUUUGAAGCGAGCUGAAUUAGAAUUUGCAGAACUUCAGUGAACUUUAUUAUUUUUAUAUUUGUUUCAAUUUUGUUUUGGUUUUCAUUUCCUUUUUGUUUCGUUUUGCCUCAAGUAUUUUAUGGAAGGGCGCCUGAGUUCUAAGUUCAUCUCUGUUAUAGGCUUUAGCUCUAAGAAAUUAGUUCUUGUGCUGCAUUGUUGUCUCUCUCUGCAUGCAUUUGACUCGAUUUACUUCCGGAUUAUGUGACAUGCAAUCAAUGGA